AUGCUCGCUGCUCUCCUUCGCUUCUACGCCUCAGAUUCAUGGCCCGUAUGGGGCUUGGUAUCAUUGUCACCUGAAGAUGAGAGUGACGUGGAAGAGCCGCUUGUGGUACAUGAGACCUUGGACAUAGCGACCAUUUGGGCACCGGAGAUCGCUGUACAGGAGCUCGCGAGGUAUGUCGGACUGGAUUACGACAAGGUCAUGAUCAAUGUGAAAGAGUAUGAGAAGGUACAGGAGAAACGUGCGGCUUAUGCAAAGCGGACAGUGGCAGAUGAUCCGAUACCGUCCAAAAGAGGAAGACUCGAGACCGUGGACCCACAAACAGCGCGUACGAAGGAAGCCGAUACGGCGCGGAGUAAAUUGCCAUCUUCUGAUGUCUUGUCGGGCGAACUAGGCUGGGACACCCGCCGUACAGAAGAGCGAACCCCCGAGUCGCGACGAGCUCGUAUCCGUGAUGCCUAA